AUGGUGAAGCCCCAAUACCUCGACAGCUAUCGCGAAUUUCUUGAACUCAUCUCCCAGCGGGCACGGGCAAGGCCACUGAAGCUCCAAGUGCUCGACCUACACCCGGCGCAUACCUUUGCACCGGCUUGGUCUUCCAACCUACUCAAGAUGUUGUCAGGUUUUUUCGCGAGGUGCAAAUUCAUCGGUCUUUUCAUUCAAUCGCGAACUUGGUACGACAGACUUUUGCAACUGGAUGUUGACGAUUCGACUUUCGAAGACCUGGAAAAGUUGUCCCUUUUCAUCAAGCACGAUCACAUUGAUGAUACUCAACCAGCCUAUACCGUCUCUCUCCCCUUCAACAAAUUUUAG